UAAACGUCUGAAACGUGUCAGAAAAUAUGCUGAUCUAAAUGGCCAAGUGUGAAAAGAUUGGAGAUGAAGACAAAGAUACAAUCUGAUAAAAAGAUCGAACGGCUGAUAGACUCUCUCAUCAAAAGGCUGACAAAAAAGUAGGCAGUGCAGAGACAGGGAGGGAGAAAGAAAGAGAAAACUGCGCAACUAAUGCAAUCUUUCAUCUGCGUGUGAAACCAGAAAUAACAACAGUGUGCGAAUGCAGGUUAAAGUGAACAUGCAUUGCUUUCCUUUCAUCCUGACAUUGGUUUGUUUCUCUGAUAUUUUGGUGAAUUUUAUAACUUGGGGUGAACAGUACAGUCUGGAGUGUCUGAGUAAUUAUUUAUCCAAUAUUACCUGCUCUCUGAACAUCUCGGCUGAGUCUCUGGGACAUGAAUCGUCCUACUGGCUGCAAUUCAGCGCUAACGACGAAUGCCAUGACUGCGUACUGAAGAUGGGAGAACAGUCGUUCACGUGCGAAUUGGAUUUAUCACCGCAUGUGAUUUUCUCCGAUGUGGACAGCUACAGGAUCUCCCUCCAUUCUGGUUACCAUGGCAACAACUUCUCCGUCGUACUAGAUGCUGACUUCAUGCCUAUUAAACACAUUCGUCCAGUCCCUCCGUCUAACCUGUCGCUGCUCUGGGAGAAUGACAGGGCUCUUUUCCAGUGGCACAGUGGAUAUGAUGAUUACAUUCUCCUCAUACCCCACUUACAGUACCAGCUCGGCAUUUACAGUCAACACAAGCUGUACGAGGUGGAAACUGUAGAGCAGCAGGUGUAUGUGGACGAGUUUAGAUUUGAGCCUCACACAAAUUACGUAAUUCGAGUGAGAUCACGGCCAGAUCAAGAGGAUUAUAAAGGCGUGUGGAGUCCGUGGGCCCCUGCGUUACACUGGAGAUCAUUGGACAUUCACAACGAGACUCCUGGAAGAUCUUUCCAUAUUGCCUGGUAUCUACUGCUUUCGCCGUUGCUGCUGGUUCUUCUGUCCUGUAUCCCAUUCGCUAGAUGGAGGAAGAAUGAUUAUAUACCAUCACCAGCACCGUAUUUCAGAGACUGGGACGUAGAUGUUCAGCUCCGUUCGAAGCUCUCAGGUAAUUUGAGAGAUAUAAUGCAGGGGGAGGAGUCUCUGCAGAUUGACAUGCUGACAGAGAGCACAGACACGCCCCCUCAACCCACCAGCUUAUACUGUGGGAGCUUGGGAGAGAUGGAGUCUCCCAGAACGCCGCAGUCUCCUGUGGGUUCAGAGGUCGACUCGGGUUGUUGGAUUCGUGAUUUCGUCACAACUGAGAGAGGAAGUAUCACAUGCAGCGAGGACUACUGCACGCUCUCCAGCGCACACACUUACACAGUCUAACACGUGCCUGAAAGAUACUCUUCAAAAGCUUGGGGUCAGUGAGGUUUUUAUUGUUUUUUUGUUUAAAGAAAUUAGCUUUAUUCAGCAAGGACACUAACAUUAAAUUAAUCAGAAGUGGCAUUACAGUUAUUGAUGUCAAAAUAUUUCAAACUAGAAUAGAGCAGCAAAUAAGGAUCAUGUGACCCUGAAGACUGGAAUAAUGAUGCUCAAAAUUCUGCAUUGCUUUACAAGAAUGUUUUAAAAUAUACUAAAAUAGGAAAAUUAGAAGAUAAAAAAAGUCACAAAAACAUUUAAAAUCUUACCAACCCCCUUUUGAAUGGUAGUCUUUGUGUGGCACAGGUUUGGAAACGAAGCAACAUUUAAACAAUGUAUUUUUAUUUUUACAUAUUACGUAAUGUGCUAAUAUAUGCUCUUUGCACAAAAGCAUAAAAAAAUAAAUGCAUCCGCACAUGCACACCUGCUUCAACAAGCAAAUCCUGCCAAACGGCUGAACCCCAGUAGAGCUGAACACAAAAUACAUGAAGAAAUCAAGUAACAGUUUAAAAAGAUGUUAAACAAGAAAUUCACAAGUGAUUUUAUGUCAAUAGAAAUCACAUUAAAUGUAAGUAAAGUGUUUACUUUUAAGUUUUAACUAGUUUUUGGAGAUUAAAAGGUCAAAAUGUGGUUAAGAUAAUGCUAUCGUCUUUUAGUGUAACACAGUAUUUAUUUCAAAACUCAAACAUGCUUAUUCCGACUUGUACAUAUUAAAAUAUAUAUAAAAGAAUAAGGAAGCAUACAAACCUUUAGUGCGUUUUAAAGCUUUUAGUGUGUAAAACUACAACUAAUUAUUAUUUGGAGUGAAAGUAAUUAAUCUUUUAAUGUGUAAUACAUUUUUGCUGUAAAUAUACCCGACAGGUUUUUUUACACUGAAAGUCAUUUUAGUGGGUCAAUUUAAACAAACGUGUAUUUUUGGCUGAGAAAAACAUCUGUAAACCAAUUGGAUUUGUGUAUGUACUACUCAGCAUAUUUUUUUAUUAGGUAGUUUAAUUAUAUUUCAGUAAUUCAAUGCUAUAGUUUUGUGUAAACAUGCAUGUUUAAACGAUCAUUAAAGCUAUAGAAACAAAAAGGCGAGGUAACACUUUAUUUUACUGUUACACCUAUUAAUAAUUAAUAGCAUGCAUAUUACUAGAACAUUAGCCAUUUUAGUAGUAAUUCAGCACAUAUUUAUGCCUUUUUCAAUUUUACGCAACACCUAAACUUAACUUUUACUAUUAAUAAAUAACAAAUUAAGAAUUGAUUGAGGGAAAAGUAGUAUUUAAUAGUUACCUAUUCUAAACUGUUACCAAAUGCAAUACAUAUGAUCUUUGAUACAUCAGCUAAUAUUCGGCAUCAAGGAUGACUUUGGCCACACACACCUUACCCUUUUUAUGUUUUCAGUGAGUCAUGAGCAUUAAACCACGGUGACAAGUUUAAACACCCCUCCAUCGAGCUGUUUUUAAACACAAGAAUGCAUCGGAUAUAUAAAAAACACGUCUGAUCAGGAUACACACACACACACACACACACACACA